AUGGAAGGCAAUAGUGCAAGGGACGCUUCAAGGGCUUCAACAUCGCCGAAAGCCUUCACAGCUGCUCAAAAACAGCUCGUCAAAAGACAGCAGGAACUUGAACAUUGGAAGAUCCACUCAAAACAACUCCGAAGCCGAAAUUUGAUCACGGGUCUGGCCAUCGGAGCUUUUGUGUUGUCAUGUUAUGGCCUUAACAACGGCAUCUCUCCAUUAGUCAGCUACACCAUUCUUUCAGUGAAGCAGGAGAAAAUUAUGGAUGAGAUUGAUGAUGAGGCAAAGGUCUUCAUCAUGAAAGGGCCUCGGACCGGGGCCAACUCUUAG